CGCCGCUGUGGCAGGGACAGUGCUACUCUGGGACGGAUACUGAGUUGAAUUUGACUUUUCGCGGCCGGAGGGGGGUAGGCGUACAUCUCCCGAGGACCACAGGGAUUAUUUACAGGGAGUUCGCCGACCAAACACAACAGUCUAAUUUAACCUUUCCAAGUCCUCGUAAAUUUUUACAGCUGGGAGCCACGGCGAAGGCAAACGAAUCUGUUGGUCGUUCCCGACUUCACACCAGCCCGUGUGGCUUCUGAAACAAUAACUCCUUAUGAAAUAUCAUAAAUAUAGAUUUAAAUACAGUAGAGCGAGAAUGCGAUUUGGCUGCUUUUUUAUGGCUUCAAUUAUUGUCUAAUUUUAUGUGAGGGGCUCUGCUGGCCGCACUUACACGCGGGACCAGCGCCUUCCUGAUGGCGUGAUUAAUUGUGAUAUAAAAUAGUCCGCUUAAGAAGUGUGUCUGGCGGGGGGGGCGGGUAGCGUCCACAGGCAAAGCCAAAUUUGAUCUUUUAAUCUUCGUUGGCCACAAUUAAAACAAACCCGAUCGUGGAACGCCGCGAUCCCUUUGCAUAAAAACAUAUGGCUUUUGCUAUAAAAAUUAUGACUGCAAAACACCGGGCCAUUAAUAGCGUGCGGAGUGAUUUACGCGUUAUUGUUCUGCCGGGCGGGCACGUGACGCGCACGGCCAAUGGGGGCGCGGGCGCCGGCAACUUAUUAGGUGACUGUACUCCCCCCCCCUGGUGCCACCAAGUUGUUACAUGAAAUCUGCAGUUUCAUAAUUUCCGCGGGUCGGGCCGGGCCGGCCAGGCGCGGGGCACGGCAAUGGCCACCACCGGGACCUUGGGCAACUACUAUGUGGACUCGUUCCUGCUGGGCGCGGACGCCGCCGACGAGCUGGGAGCCGGCCGCUAUCCUCCCGGGGCCCUGGGCCAGCCACCUCGGCAGGCAGCUGCGCUGGCCGAGCACCCCGACUUCAGCCCGUGCAGCUUCCAGUCCAAGGCGGCGGUGUUCGGCGCCUCCUGGAACCCGGUGCACGCGGCGGGCGCCAACGCCGUGCCCGCAGCCGUGUACCACCACCAUCACCACCACCCCUACGUGCACCCCCAGGCGCCCGUGGCGGCGGCCGCGCCGGACGGCAGGUACAUGCGCUCCUGGCUGGAGCCCGCGCCCGGGGCGCUCUCCUUCGCGGGCUUGCCCUCCAGCCGGCCUUAUGGCAUUAAACCUGAACCGCUGUCGGCCAGAAGGGGUGACUGUCCCACGCUUGACACUCACACUUUGUCCCUGACUGACUAUGCUUGUGGUUCUCCUCCAGUUGAUAGAGAAAAACAACCCAACGAAGGCGCCUUUUCCGAAAGCAAUGCUGAGAAUGAGAGCGGAGGAGACAAGCCCCCCAUCGAUCCCAAUAACCCGGCGGCCAACUGGCUCCAUGCGCGCUCCACGCGGAAGAAGCGCUGCCCGUACACCAAGCACCAGACGCUGGAACUGGAGAAAGAGUUUCUGUUCAACAUGUACCUCACCAGGGACCGCAGGUACGAGGUGGCGCGCCUGCUCAACCUCACCGAGAGGCAGGUCAAGAUCUGGUUCCAGAACCGCAGGAUGAAAAUGAAGAAAAUCAACAAGGACAGAGCAAAAGAUGAGUGAUGCCAUUCGGGUGCAUUUAUUAAAAAAAAAAAAAAGCAAGCUAGGGAGAAAGAGAAAGGACUGCCUGUCUCCUUCUUUCUCUCACCAUACUCCACCUCCACCACCCCACACAAAGCAGCUCUAAACCCCAGGCCUCAUCUCCCCCCUGGCAAACCCUGCUCAGGCUGGCUCCUAGGUCUGGCGCUUUGAUGGAGGAGGUAUUGUAAGCUUUCCAUUUUCUAUAAUUGGGGGGGGGGACAUUAGCGCUGAUGGCUGCGUGUGCUAGCUUGUAUAUAUUUUUAAAGAAUCUACCUGUUCCUGACUUAAAAGAAAAAAAAAAACUACCUUUUUAUAAUGCACAACUGUUGAUGGCGGGCUGUAUAGUUUUUAGUCUGUGUAGUUAAUUUAAUUUGCUCUUCGUGUGGCAGGGCGAUCUGCUGAGAUACUUGAACACUGUGUUUUAUUGUGGUAAUUAUGUUUUGUGACUCAAACUUCUGUGCUGGGUGACGCACCCCUUGUGAUUGUGAAAGCUAGAAUUCAAUUUUAACUCAGGUUGUUUAUGAGGGGAAAACAGUUGCAUAGAGUAUAGCUCUGUAGUGGGAUGUCUCCUGUAUAACUAGGCUGUUAACCUAUAAUUGUAAACUAGCUGUAAGGAUUUCCCAGUGAAAUAAAUUUUUAAAAAGGGAGAAGAGUUCUGGAUGCAUAGGUUCAUGGUUUCUCCACUUUUGAAAUGCAGGCAUCUUAGUUUUUAUGUGUUCUAUAGUGCGCUAUAGGCCUUUCUUGCCCACUGUAUAUACAAUCUAUAUAUUGAAGAAAAAAGUUCAUAAUCAGAGAAGCUUGAAUAUUGUUUUUGCACCACAGAAACAGCAAGGAAAUUUGGAGCUAUACAUAUGUGCAGAAAGUUACUACCUAUGGUUUAUGCUUAAUUUUAAUUGGAAAAAAUGAAUGCUUAUUGUAAUGGAGUCAGUUUUAUUGUUAAUAAAUUAUACACCAUGAAACCGCCAUUGGGCUACUGUAGAUUUGUAUUCUUGAAUCUCGGGUUUCCAUCUGGCUGAACAUACACUGUAUAUUUUGCAAUAGUUACCUCAAGGCCUACUGACCAAAUUGUUGUGUUGAGAUAUUUAACUUUUUGCCAAAUAAAAUAUAUUGAUUCUUUUCUA